AUGUCGAACAACGCGGAACACACGCCUGUUGUGCCGGACGAUGAUGAGCCGGAUGAUUGGAACAAGCGAAUCUUCAGCACAGGCUGCCAUGCCGAGCAGGAUAAGAUGAAUGACUGCUACUACGCGAAAAAGGACUGGCGCGAGUGCAAGAAAGAGAUGGAAGCUUUCCGCGAGUGCUGGAAGCGCCAGGGCAACGACCAGCGAACGCAGACCCAAGACGCAUAA